CAUACAAAGGAGGAAGAAGCGGGAAAGAUGGUGCUAGAUCUUCAACACUUUCCUCUCAUCUUAUUGCUGCUGGGACUGUGGGGACCAGUGUGUCCACUUUAUGCUUUGCCUAAGAAUCUCACCAAGGCUGGCUGGUUUCAAAUUCAGCAUAUACGGCAGAGUCCUCUCCAAUGCAACAACGCAAUGCGUGGUGUUAAUAGUUAUACUCAGCACUGUAAACCUCAAAACACCUUUCUGCAUGAGUCCUUCCAGAAUGUGGCUGCUGCCUGUAAGUUGCCCAACAUUGUCUGCAAGAAUGGCCGGAAUAAUUGCCACCAGAGCUCAAAGCCUGUUUACGUGACUAACUGCAAUCUCACUGCAGGGAAGUAUCCUAACUGCAGCUACAAAGAUGUUGCCGCGAACAAGUUCUUCGUUAUUGCCUGUGACCCGCCUCAGAAGACAGACCCUCCCUACCCCUUGGUUCCUGUACACUUAGAUAAGAUUAUUUAAAGUUUUCAUCACUUUUCCUCUCACUUGAUACAGGUUCCCCUCAUGAUCUCUUCUGCCUUUUCUUUUGAUCUCCCUGGUUUGUGUAGAAGAAAAAAGGAAGAUACUGGGAGAAUUAGAGUGUCAAGGACACCAGAACAGAGUUGGGACUAAAAGAAAUAGGACUCUUUUCUGCUUUGGAGCUGUGUGUGUUUCACAGGAAGACAAUAAGGAGGGGAGCAAAGAAGGGUCCAGACCUCCAUAUUUUUAACCUUAGAACUUGUGCCAAGCUUUGUUGCACUGCAUUAACAGCAAUAAAACCACUUUCUGCCCGGCCGAGCGUGG